ACUAAGAUGGAAAACCAGAGCUGUGCAUCUGAGUUCAUCCUCUUGGGGCUCCCCAGUUGGAGAGAGAAACAGGACCUAUAUUAUGCUCUUUUCCUGGUCAUGUACCUGACCACUGUGCUGGGGAACCUGCUCAUCAUCUUACUCAUCAGGUUGGACUCCCGCCUCCACACCCCCAUGUACUUCUUCCUCAGUCACCUGGCUCUCACUGACAUCUCUUUCUCUUCAGUGACAGCCCCAAAGAUGCUCUUUAAUAUGCAGACACAGAGCCAAUCCAUCUCUUAUGCUGGGUGCGUUUCUCAGGUAUAUUUCUUCCUAUUUUAUGCUGAUAUAGACAGUUUCCUUCUUACCUCCAUGGCCUAUGACAGGUACAUAGCCAUCUGUCAACCCCUCCACUACACCACCAUCAUGAGUCAGAGUCUGUGUUCCCUGCUAGUAAUUCUAUCCUGGGUAUUAUCCUGUGCUAGUGCCUUUUGCCACACCCUCCUCCUGGUCUGUCUCUCCUUCUGUGGAGAAAACACUGUCCCCCACUUCUUCUGUGACCUCUCUGCCUUACUUAAACUAUCCAGCUCAGACACCACAGUCAAUGAACUGGUUAUCCUCACCGUGGGAGUGGCAGUCAUCACUAUACCAUUCAUAUGCAUCUUGGUCUCCUAUGGCCGCAUUGGGGCCACGAUCCUGAAGGUCCCCACCACCAAGGGGAUCUAUAAAGCCUUUUCCACGUGUGGCUCUCACCUCACUGUAGUAUCUCUCUACUAUGGAUCAAUUAUUGGCCUCUACUUUUUUCCCUCAUCCAAUACCUCCAAUGAGAAGGAUGUUGCUGUUGCUGUAAUGUACACUCUGGUCACUCCCAUGUUAAACCCCUUUAUCUACAGUCUGAGGAAUCGCGAUAUGAAAGGAGCUCUGAGAAAUUUGUUAAGUAGAGCAAUAUUUUCACCACGAUGA